UACAAACGCGUUAUCUUGACGAAGUGUAUGGUAGAAAAAAGACAAAAAAUUAUAUUUCUAUCAUUUGUAAUUCAAUUAAAAGUAGUAAAUUCCGUCAAAUAGUAAGAAUAAAAGACUCAAUAAAACAGGAAAAGUUACAUCAGAAGAGAUAAAAAGCUACCUAAUUGGAUAAAACACAUAAUUUCCGAUGCAACGUAAAAAAAUUGUCAUUUUAAUCAGUUUAGUUUUUGGUUUUUGACUUCUCGGCAAUUACUGAAAUAAAAAAAGCAGUUCUUUGUGUUGAUAAGUUCUGUGUUUUACUGUUUCUUCGAUUUGCUUCAGUUGACUUGGUCGUGGAUUUUCAGUUCAGCUUGACCAUCAUUCGAGGCUACAAUAUUUACUGAAUCGUGGAUAAUUUAUGUGAAACAAUCAAUUGUCUGUCAAAGAGAAACUAUAACACACUCUCAUAGUAAAAAAAUACAUCGUAUUGUGUAAUGAAUGCUGUGUAUAUCGUACACAAAAUAUCAAGUGAAUCAUUCUUUUUUUAUAUAUAUAGUCAGUGUGAGCGCUCGCCAUAUAAUUGAGACACAAAAAUUCAAGUGCAGUGUUUUUUGUGUAAGAGGCAUUCAUUUUUGACAGAAUUUUCAAUUGAAACCGAAAGCGUUAAAUAAAAAUGAUGGUUGAGGACGGAACAGCCGAUGCAACAAAGAGACUCAAUGUCAAAAAACAAACGCUCGAUGAUGCGUAUGCGGUGCCUGCGAACUUCUUGGAAAUAGAUGUUGUUAAUCCAAUGACCACGAUUACAGCUGGAAAAAAACGUUUUACGGACUAUGAAGUUCGCAUGAGAACAAAUUUGCCCGUAUUCAAAGUAAAGGAAUCGAGUGUACGUCGACGUUACAGUGAUUUUGAAUGGCUUAGGAAUGAAUUGGAACGUGAUAGCAAAAUUGUGGUGCCAGCAUUGCCUGGAAAGGCUUGGAAGCGGCAAAUGCCAUUCCGUGGAGACGACGGUUUAUUCGAUGAGAAUUUCAUUGAGGAGCGACGCAAGGGUCUUGAAAGUUUUAUAAAUAAAAUAGCCGGUCAUCCACUUGCCCAGAACGAACGAUGUCUGCACAUGUUUCUACAAGAGCCAACCAUCGAUAAAAAUUAUGUACCGGGCAAGAUUCGCAAUACAUAAAAGUGAACAAGUGAAUAAUAGGAAGAAAAACUGAAUAAAGAAAAAAAAACAAACCGCAAAUAUCUAACGCGAUGCAUUGUGUGUUUCGUGUGAACAAAAAAAAACAACUAACAGUUUAAAAUCCGUUUAAAUAUUGUUCAAAAUUCCGAAUAGAGAAACAAAUCAGAGCCGAAUAAUAUAAAUAAAAUUAUUAUGAUUACAAGACUCGGAGAGAGAGACUCAAUGGCAAAAUGUGCUUUUUCCGCAUUUUAACCAAAUAUACCACUGCAAUAAUUGUGUACAGGUUUUACAUUUCUUUGGUAUUAUAUCGGUUAAAUGCUCUGCACCAUUUUUUAUAGAACAAAGGAUACAUUAUUCCGCAUUCAUUUCGUGCUACUUCCAAAUCAAAAUAUUUCACCGGAAUCUCUUUCGUUCUAAUCUGAGUUUUUUUUUUAUUUCUAAAAAAAUAAUUUAUCAAAUCUCUUCAGUUGCUCUGCAAUCGACUUGCAUCUACUUUUUAUAUACCAGUUUAUUUUUAUCCAAUUGGCUUGUUACAAAAACAUAUACUAUAUCGUAAGAAGAAUAAAAGAAAAUGUUACAAAAAAUAAACUUUUUGGAAUGAAUUUAAAGAAAAUUGGACAGUUUUUUAUAGUUCGAAUCUUCUAGUUUAUUUUGAUUGAGUAAAAGGAAUACAACAAAAAAAAAUGUUUAAAUAAAUUAUGUUUGACUCAA